AUGUCAAGCCAUGACGACACUGUAGCGCCCUACGAGUCCACAGGUGCCUCCAAUGAGGCAUACGAGACGUUCAUAGAGCAGUUCAUAACUCCAGAGGAGGAAAAGAUGAACAGGGAAAGGGCAGGGAAGAACAAGUCCAUGCGGGACCUUCUAAGGAGACCAAGAGUGAAGAAGACUUCCACAGAGGAUGGUACCAUCGGCAAGGAGGGCGACAACUUUAUGGGCAUUUCCACUUCCUCUACCGCCGUCCCCGAGGCCUUCGAGGGCAUCGUUGCUAGCUCGAGACCAGCUCCGGCCAUGUCAAAGGCCCCGCCCUGGUGGCGCGAGGGUGGCUACGACCCCAACCUACCUAUGCACCUCAUGCUUCACGAGGAGCUCGUGGACUACACCAAGUGGGUGGUCCUCAACGACGAUGAAGUGAAGGCAAGGGAGGAGUUCGUAGCGAGGAUCAAUGGGGUCUGCAAGGAUCUCUGGCCACAAUGCGAGCUCAGGGUCUUCGGCAGUUUCCUUUCUGGUCUGAGCCUCCCUAGUGGGGACAUCGAUCUUUCCCUCCAGAAUGUGCCUGUUGGUGCAGUAGAGGCCGUCCGAAUGCUCUCCGAUAAGCUCCUCAGUCAGGGCCAGCUGAAGGAGUUGGAGCUACGCGAGACCGCUCGAGUGCCUAUUGUCAAACUCGUGGACGUGCUACCUCCACACGUCGAAGUCGACGUCUCCGUACAAGACAACUCCACAGGAGAACCGGAUUCCUCUGAUACGACCAAAUUUGUAAUACGAGAGGGAGUGGAGAAGUACCCGGCCUUUAAGCCCUUGAUGAUAUUUCUCAAGACCUACCUCGCCUCAAGGAAACUCAACCUUACCUUCACUGGAGGAGUCGGCAGCUACUUGGCCGCCUGCUUGGUCAUCGCCUUCUUACAGCAACAUCCGACCUCGUUCGGCUACUCUCACACAGCUGAGGGGGGCGAGAGCCUCGGGCACCUCCUAGUGGACAUGUUACAGUGGCUCGGCCGUGACUUACGUUGCGACAUGUAUGGCCUUUCGGUCACUAACGGUGGGCGAAUGUUCAGUAAGGCGGAGCGACGCUUUGACGUAGUGAGCAAGAGAAACCAUAGUAACGAUAUCAUCUGCAUGGAGAGCCCUCUGGAGCCUUCCUCUGAUAUUGGCAAUAAGUGCUUCCAGUGGAGGACCGUACGAGCGUCCCUAUUCCAUGCCUCGAUGACCCUAUGCGACUACGUCCACCACUGGGACCAGAACCGGGGUCGUAGUCUUAUACAGCCACUGGUGAUGGGCAGAGGCUCGGCCGAAGUGGAGGCGAUAUUCGAGCGGUACCACGGUGAGGGCCGAGACGAGGAGAUAUCGGGGGACAAGCCUAUGUCUAAGCCGAUGAAGCUGGCGAUGGACCGGACCACUUCCACCACUAUUGAGAAGGAGAUAGAGCAGAUUCAACACUUUACUCCGGCGGCCACUGGUAGUCCCUCCUCUCGAGGUAGGGUCAAUAAGUCGGCCCACCCGCUGCGAGCGGUCCCGACAGCACCACCGCGAGAACAGACGUCGGUCCACGUACCUAGGCCGUUGGAACCGGCUGGUCGUACGCAGUAUAGGUAUCAGCGUAGUGCGCCCUACGAUAAGUAUCAAUACCACUCCACGGCCAAUUCUCGGAAUGAUGACGGGCAGCCAUCAGGGCCUAUUAGGGAUGGACGGGCGCGUAAUACUUUCGACUUAACGCAGCGAAGAGGAGGGCCACCUCCUGCUCCCCCAGGAAGGCUGUGGGGAUGA